AUUCAGAUUGCGAAAUCUCGAUUUGAUAAAAAAAAAAAAGAGACUUUGGUUUUCAUUUGUAAUUUUGGGUCGCUGUUUUCUUUGGAGAAUUUUGCUUCAAUUUUGCGAAGUUUGUCCUUAUUCUUUGUAUUCUUUCAAGCACUGCAACAGGGCAAUCUGGUGAUUCUUUUCAGGGAUUCCUGAAAGUCACCAGAACCCAGUUUCUGAAAAAUUGAGAAACGAAUUCUGAAAAACUGUUCUGAAUUUUAUUGGGUCAUUUGGAUUUUUCUAAUUUUCUGGGGUCGGAGGUUUUGUUGAUACAAUGGGGGUCAUGUCGAGGCGGGUAGUGCCUGCCUGUGGUAAUCUCUGUUUCUUCUGUCCUGCAAUGCGGGCAAGGUCAAGGCAGCCGGUGAAACGAUACAAGAAGCUCCUUUCUGAUAUCUUGCCCCGAUCUCAGGAUGCUGAACCAAAUGAUAGAAAAAUUGGGAAGCUUUGUGAAUAUGUUUCGAAGAAUCCAUUACGCAUUCCAAAGAUUACAAAGCACCUAGAACAGAGAUGUUACAAGGAUUUGCGAACUGAGCACUUUGGGUCAGCAAAAGUUGUGUUGAGUAUCUACAGGAAAUUGCUUACUUCGUGUAAGGAGCAGAUGCCACUAUUUGCCAGUAGCUUAUUGUCUAUUAUCCAGACGGUUUUAGAACAAACACGACAGGAUGAAAUGCGCAUUCUGGGCUGCCAAACUCUUGUUGACUUCAUUAAUAGCCAGAUGGACGGCACAUACAUGUUUAAUUUGGAAGGCCUCAUUCCAAAACUUUGUCAAUUGGCUCAAGAAAUUGGAGAUGAUGAAAGAGCUCUACGUUUACGUUCAGCAGGAUUGCAAGCUCUUGCUUUCAUGGUAUGGUUUAUGAGUGAGCACUCCCAUAUCUCGAUGGACUUUGAUCAUAUUAUUUCAGUUACUUUGGAGAACUACAUGGAGCUCCAGAUGAACUCAGAAAAUAACAAGCCAGACUCACAGUGGGUUCAAGAAGCACCCAAAGCUGAGGGCCGUGAAUCAUCAUUCCCAGAAGUUCCCAAGAAGGUCCCUCCAUUACCAGACCUUGUGAAUAUCAAACCUGAACUGAACCCCACUGUUGACGCUGCCAAAAUCCCCACGUAUUGGGCUAGGGUUUGCUUGCAUAAUAUGGCUGGACUAGCCAAGGAGGCAACUACAGUACGGCGUGUACUUGAACCCCUUUUUCGUAAUUUUGAUGCUGGGAAUCUUUGGUCUCCAGAGAAGGGGCUUGCCUGUUCUGUUUUAUCAGAUAUGCAGACAUUGAUGGAGAAGUCAGGACAAAACAGUCAUCUGUUAUUAUCUAUCUUGGUGAAGCAUUUAGAUCAUAAAAGUGUUGCCAAACAGCCUAGUAUGCAAGUUGACAUCGUUAAUGUGAUCACACAUCUUGCGCAGAACGUGAAGAUGCAAUCUUCAGUAGCAAUUAUUGGUGCCAUAACCGAUCUGAUGAAACAUUUGCGUAAAUGCAUUCAAUGCUCAGCUGAAGCAUCUAGCACUGGUGAUGAUUCAAAUAAAUGUAACGCUGCUCUUCGCUCUAAAUUGGAAGAAUGUCUAAAGCAGCUCUCAAACAAGGUUGGGGAUUUGGGACCCAUUCUUGACGUGAUGGCUGUUGUGCUGGAGAAUAUCUCGACUAUGACCAUUAUGGCUAGAACUACUGUUGCUGCUGUCUAUCGGACUGUACAGAUAGUUUCUUCCAUCCCUAACAUAUCACAUCACAAGAAGGCCUUUCCAGAAGCUCUAUUUCAUCAGUUGCUCUCAGCAAUGAUCCAUCCAGACCAUGAAACGCGAGUUGGUGCUCACCGUAUUUUUUCUGUUGUGCUCAUGCCAUCAGUGGUAUGUCCUCCAUCGGAAAUGUACAAGAAGAUUGCAGAGCCACGUCUCUCAAGGUUCUCUUCUUCGCUUACUACCUCGGAAGAGGAACUGACUUCCCUUCGGUUGAGUAGUCACCAAGUAGAUCUUCUUCUUGCAUCUAUCUGGGUUCAGGCAACUUCCACAGAAAACACUCCUGCAAAUUUUGAAGCAAUGGCCCACACGUACAACCUUGCUUUAUUGUUCUCUCAGUCCAAGACCUCCAGUCACAUGUCUCUAGUUCGGUGUUUCCAGCUGGCAUUCUCACUCAGGAGUAUCUCUCUUGAACAGGAUGGAGGUCUGCCGCCGUCUCGGAGAAGGUCCCUCUUUACCUUGGCAUCAUCAAUGCUCAUCUUUUCAGCCAACGCGGGCAAUCUUCCAUCUCUGGUUCCUUUUAUUAAAGCAACACUUACAAAUAAAAUGGAUGAUACUUGUGUGCAGAUUGAUCCUUAUCUUGAGUUGGUUGAAGAUACUAGGUUGCAAGCUAUUAGCAUAGUAUCAGAUGGUGAGAAAAUCACAUAUGGAUCACAGGAAGAUGAAGUUGCUGCAUUGAAUUUUCUCUCAUCAAUAGAAGCAGACAAUGGACAGUUAAAAGAAACCCUGAUAUCUCAUCUCAUGAAGAAGUUUGGUAACUUAUCUGAGGAUCAUUUGUCAAGCAUAAAGAAACAGCUAGUUGAAGGAUUUUCACCUGAUGAUGCUUAUUCAAUGGGAGUACCACUAUUCAUGGAGACUCCACGGCCAUGUUCUCCUCUUGCACUAAUGGAGUUUCAUGCUUUUGAUGAGAUUAUGCAUCCAGCUGCAUUGACAGAUGAAGAAUCUUUUCCUGAAGAAAGUGCAAGUCAAUUGGGUCGCAAAACAUCACUCUCUGUCAAUUCACUUGACAUUCUGAGUGUUAACCAACUCUUAGAAUCGGUCUUGGACACAGCACGGCAAGUUGCAAGUUUCCCUGUUUCUACUACACCAAUACCUUAUGACCAAAUGAAGAAUCAGUGUGAGGCACUUGUAAUGGGUAAACAGCAGAAGAUGUCUGUGCUUCUAAGUUUCAAGACUCAGCAGGAUGCCAUUGGAAUAGGCAUCCCUGUGGAAAAAGAAAGAAAAGGCCCCUCUUCUGCAAUCAUGAAAAUGGAAUUUCAAGAGGGGGUUUUGACUUCAGUGGAUACAGAGCAAUUUCAUAGACCGGAUCAGUUGUGCUGUUUGAGUGAGUUUGAACAGCAGUCUUUCAAGCUACCUCCUUCCAGCCCUUAUGACAAAUUCUUAAAAGCUGCUGGCUGCUGAAAAGAUAAGCAAUUGUGUCUACAUGUAUGUUAACCAUAUAUAGUAUUUAAUUUCUUUUGUCCCCUCUCUUCUGAAUGAUUCUGAGCUGUUCUUUUAUUCUUUACUUGUAAGAAGCUGGGUAUAGUCUUAAAAAAUGGAAUAUCAUACCGAUUAGUGUUUGUUGUAAACCAGUUUUUACUUUGUCAUGUCCUACCCAUCUUUAACUUCCUGCUGCAUUUUAUAUUUUUAUGGAAGAGAUGGUCGUAGGGCAAAGUGGUUGUACUCCCUUACAAAGGUCAGAGUAUUUUUUAGUAUACUACGCUGAAAUGUAACUAGUGUAAUUGGGGUUUGAACAACCCUAAAUGAAUUUUGGUAUGCUGUUGGCUUUUGCUC